UUUGGUUAAAAUUAGAUGACGUAGAGCGCAAUGUGUUUUUGAGGCUGGACAGAAAAAAAGACAACACUUCUGUUUUAGAAACGCGUUGUCAUGUUUAGCAUUUAUUAACCAUUAGUCAGCAGGACUCACACAUUGAGUCACGUUUUGUCCUCCUGCCCGUUCGCAGAUUGACCGGAUACAGUUGUUUUAAGAUCACCAGCUCGCUGCUCUCUCUCUCUCUCUCUCUCUCUCUCUCUCUCUCUCUCUCUCUCUCUCUCUCUCUCUCUCACUCUCUCUUUCACACACACAGACACACACACACACACACAUUCUCGGUUGUCGUCUUGUCGAGCUUGUUGUGUCUCUGCUUUCCCCCACACCGGUGUUGUUUUUGUGACAAUGGGUGUAAAUAAGACGUACAUCAGUAUCGGCUAUGCCGUGGUCGGUGUGGUAGUGGGGUUUUCUGUUUUCCUGACGUGGACCAUGUCGUUCAGACAGCCGUGGACUGCAGCCAUGGGAGGACUGUCAGGUGUGUUGGCACUUUGGGCCCUGAUCACCCACAUCAUGUACCUGCAGGACUUCUGGCGGACCUGGCUGAAGGGCCUCAAGUUCUUCUUCUACAUCGGGCUUUUCUUCUCUGUUACGGCGGUCCUAGCCUUUGUCACCUUCCUGUCUAUUGCCAUCAGAAACAACGAGUCCCUGACUGACCCUCAGAGUCUCUACCUGUCCGGCGUGUGGAGCUGCAUGAGUCUGAAGUGGUCCGUCCUGCUCUCCGUGUACGCUAACCGCUACCGUAAAGAGUUCGCUGACAUCAGUAUCCUCAGUGACUUCUAAGGGCACUUAAACAUCAUACAGUAACUAUACAGACUCUAUAGUGCACUCACUGUGUCUCUGGCUUCCCACCAUGAGAGUGUCACAGCGUGAAAGUGAUGGAGGACAUUUAAGAGGAAUCAGACAAGAGGCUGAAAUACUUUGUGUUAUGGAUGAGCACUUUGAUCCUGGUCACAGUGUCUCCCCCAAACCUCCUCUGAUUAUUUUUUAUUACGAGCGCAGGAUUUGAUGUCGACUCGGCCACUUUAUAGACGAGUCCAGCCCUGUUUUAUAUGACCCUUGAUAGAUUUUAUUCUCUUACGUCUUCACUUUCCUCAUAUUUUGUUCUGCCACGCAAUUCCCUUGUGAAAAAAAAAAAAAAAAAAAAAAUCCAGAAUAUGGGAAUAGCGGCAUCACAACACACCCCUCAAUUGUAAUUAUUUGUUGCAGUUUCAUGCGAUGGCCACUAGAGGGUGUCACUCUUCCAACAAUUAUAUACUGUGUGCAGAAAGUGUGUGCUUGUCAUCCCUCAUUUUGUGAUAUUGCAUCUGUUUUCUUUACAUUUCUGUAUCAAAGAAUGAUGAAAUAGCCUUACAAAAGAGAAAUACAUUUUUUUUUCCAUCACAAAGAUCAAAAGGUGAAAUCUGUAUUAUCAACUUUGCAUCAAGCUUAUAGCAAAUACAGUGUUUCAAGUUGAUGUAAAUCCAAGCGCUGCUUUCAGACAGCUCACCGCUGAGUGUGUCAGGUCAGCCAAAAACCUGCAGCAUCAACAUGAAUGCUUUCAUGUGCAAUUCCAAAUCAGCACCACAUGUCCUGGUUCAAUAUAUAACCGGACUAUUAACAGGCAUUUUAUAUGUAAAGAAUCAUUUUGUGUAUUAUAUUUAUCAGUGUGACAAAAAAACACUCAAAAAAAACCCGACAGCAUUCGAUGCCACAAGCAUGAAAAUGGGUGCUGCUUGGGUCUGUUGAUUAUAUCUCAUUUAUUGUUUUAAGCAGUGAUACCACUAAUGUGCAUGCUUAUGUAUUAAUGUUGUUUGAUUUAAUGCUGCCCACAUCAGAAUAAUUUACGGCGUUUAUAUUGUUGCUAAAUGAGAUUAUGUUGCUGUAUUUCCUUUAUCUCUGUACACUACCAUGUUAGAAAUGAAGUAUGGCAUCGUGUAUCCACAUGUGUCUCUUGACUGAAUGUAGGAAUGUAUGUUUGUACAAGAGUGUGUCUGAGAGUCACGUUAAUAAAAUAUGUUUUUUGACAUCCCCUCUG